AUGUACUUCCUGAGGGACAUUGCUCUGGACAAAAAUGGAAUUCUUCCUAAUGAUUCUCACAUCCCAGAAGAUUGCAAUAGAGAUCUGACUCCCACCUCCACACCCCCAUGUACUUCUUCCUCUCCAACCUCCUGUGUGGACAUCUGCUUCACCUCCACCACCAUCCCCAACAUGCUGGUGAACAUCCAGACACAGAACAAAGCCAUUACCUUUGAAGGUUGCAUCUUGCAGAUUGGUUUGUACAGUCUCUUUGUGGGGCUGGAAGUUUUUCUCCUGACGGCAAUGGCCUAUGACCGCUUCGUGGCCAUCUGUCACCCCCUGCACUACACAGUCAUCAUGAACCCAAGGUUCUGUGGACUGCUAGUUCUGGUGUGUUGGAUCGUGAGUAUCCUUAAUUCCUUAUUAGAAAGUUUGAUGGUAUUGCGACUUUCCUUCUGUACAGAGUUAGAAAUUCCUCAUUUCUUUUGUGAACUCAAUCAAAUUCUGCAACUCGCCUGCUCUGACACCUUUCUGAAUACUAUGGUGAUGUAUUUCGUAGCCACACUCCUGGGCGGUGGGCCUUUUGUUGGGAUCCUUUAUUCCUACUCAAAGAUCGUCUCCUCCAUACGUGGAAUCACAUCCACUCAGGGAAAGUAUAAGGCAUUUUCCACCUGUGUGUCUCACCUCUCUGUGGUCUGCUUGUUUUAUGGCACAGUCCUAGGUGUGUACCUGAGCUCUGCUUUUCCUCACAGUUCCCACUCCAGUGCCAUUGCCUCAGUGUUGUACAUGGUGGUCACGCCCAUGCUAAACCCCUUCAUCUACAGUCUUAGGAACAAAGACAUCAAGAGGGCUCUGAUCACAAUCUUUCUGAAGGAUACUCACAAGGAGAGAUUAUUCUAA